AUGUUCAAUUGGGUAGUAGCUGCAAUAGCCUAUGGACCUGGUGUGGUGAUGGGAUACAUCUUCACUUCACACAAUCAUGAAUGGUUUACUCUGAAAGAAGAAAAGAAGAAAAAAGGAGAGAAAAGCAAGCACCAGCAGGUUGAUAUGCAAACUGAGGAAAUGUUGAGACUUCGAGCAGCUCUAGAGGGAAAACUUGGAAGCAAUGAAUCACUUAUUGUCCACAUAAGUACAGCUCGUAAAAGAAAGAAGCUAAAGACAUUCGAUGAUUUUACCGAACAAGUGAAACAGAAACAAGAAGCUAAACGAGCUGCCAAAGCAGAGAUCUAUUCAAGGAAACCACAUUUGAUCCCAUCAUGGCCAGAACGCGUGGAUGGAAAACGACUGAUUCCAAAUCAGAUCCCUAGCAGCAGAGGAUUAACCCGGCAACGCAACAAGUACCUUUAAACUCCCAGAACGAAGUACCGGGACAAGCACAUGAAAAAAGUCAUUAGACAUAGAGGACAGGUCAGAGGUAUCAGGACACAAACGGGUCCAUAUGCAGGAGAAACUCGCGGUAUCAAUCCCAACACAAGCCGGAGCAUCCGAAUCAAGAACUAACCUCGU